AGUCGUCUGCCUGUGCGCUGAUUGGUUGCGCGCUGAAGCCAGCGCCGCCUCCCGCCUUCCGGUUUUCUCAGAAGCUGCUGAGCUCUUCCCUGGUCACUGCACGUCUAAAGGCCGAGUAGCCCCGUCGCUAGGAUGCCGCGUGGAAGCCGGAGCCGUACCUCCCGCAUGGCCCCUCCGGCUAGCCGGGCCCCUCAGAUGAGAGCUGCGCCCAGGUCAGCACCAGCCGCUCAGCCACCAGCAGCGGCACCCCACUCUGCAGUUGGCUCUCCUGCUGCUGCGCCCCGGCAGCCAGGUCUGCUGUCCCAGAUGGCAACCACUGCAGCUGGCGUGGCUGUGGGCUCUGCUGUGGGGCACACACUGGGCCACGCCAUUACUGGGGGCUUCAGUGGAGGAAGUGAUCCUGAGCCUGCGAGGCCUGACAUCACUUACCAGGAGCCUCAGGGAACCCAGCUAGCACAGCAGCAGCAGCCUUGCUUCUAUGAGAUCAAACAGUUCUUGGAGUGUGCCCAGAAUCAGGGUGACAUCAAGCUCUGUGAGGGUUUCAGUGAGGUGCUGAAACAGUGCCGACUUGCAAAUGGAUUGGCCUAAUCAAGAAGUUCAAACUGGAGAAAUGGAAAACCAGCUCUCAUAACCAAGUUAACUUAAUAUAAAAAUUUCAUUAAUAGUGAAGGUAUAAAGUGUAGCCAUCAGUUAAACCUCUCCUGUCAUUCUAGCUUCCUUGCUUCAGAAUUGAAAUGGAAGGGGGUAUUCCUACUCUGUAGAAUUUGGAGCUGGUCAGAUGUUUGUGUGGCCUCCUUAAACUAGCUGUUAUGAUUUUAUUCUUCGUGAGUUAAUUAGAAUAAAGUGAUUUUCUUCCAAGAUGUGA